AUGAGAAAUUGGUCUUGUCAUCGUAAUCCUUUUGCGAAAAUUAGUCGGGAACUAUUGCCUCAAUUUUCAGCGCGUCAGAUUGGUCACUAUUGGCGUAACGUUCUUCGUCCAGCUCUGAAUCAUGGGCCCUGGGUCAGAAAUGAACGACCGUAUAUCAUUCAUUGGAUAUUACAUAAUCGGUCGCCAAAUGGAAGGAUUGAUUGGAAGAUUUUGCGGCAAGUAUUGGAAAGUAGAUUUGGAAUAUUAAGAUCCGAAAACCGCAUUAAAAAUUUCUGGUACACAAAGAAAAGGCGUUUACCUGACGAAUUUGAUCAAAAUUCAAUCGACCCCAACAUCUUGGCUUACAUCGAAGGUAAUGGCACUCCUGUCGCGUCAAAUCCAGAAAAUUCUCACAUGAAUAUUGAUUAUAUAUUAAAUAAUCAUGAUGAGAUUGAUCCGGCACCUCCUGCCGUACCCGUCGCACCUACCUCAGUUCACCCUUUUCACCCCCCUGAUGACUUUCGCAUGAAGAUUCCUUUUAUUCUCAACGAUCAUGAUAAUGAUGGCAUGAAAUUCACAGGAUCUACCUCUGAUCUCGUGUAA